AUGGCUCCUAAAUCGCGAGGCAGAAACUUUUCGAAAGGGCCCAAAACUCAGGAUAAUCAGUCAUCACCUGCCGCCGAGAGUUUUGACCACAGGAGCUCUCAAUCACAGCAAGAUGACUCCGUUAAUGGGAACCAGCCCAACACCUUUUUUGGUGUUCUAGACACACCAGAACUGGAGUAUUUCAAACAAGCAGAAUCAACGUUGACAAUCGACACUUUUGAGACUCCAGAGGAAAAGAUUCAAUUUAUCAGUAGUGUUAUCGAGGAAGCUAAAGGGAAAGAGUUGAAGUUGGCUACCUCGCAGAUCUGUUCAAAGCUCAUGGAAAGACUGGUUCUCGCUGCGACAAAUCAACAAUUGAAAAGUAUUUUUCAAAGCUUUUCUGGCUUCUUCUUCAACAUGGCCUGUCAUAAGUAUUCGUCGCAUGUCUUGGAAACGCUUUUAGUAAAAAGUGCCGCAUUGGUGGAAAAAGAGCUUUUGACACCGAGUUUCGAGAGUAGUGCGUCUAUCGAAGAUGACGAUGAAGUAUUUGCACCAAUGGAAUCGCUAUUUCUGCACAUGCUGAACGAAAUUACCCCCAGCGUUAGGGCCAUGCUCAACCAUCGCUAUGCAACUCAUGUUCUUCGUCUUCUGAUUUUAAUUUUGUCUUCAAAAACACUGCCGAGCACAACGAUGACCAAUUCUUCGCUACGCUCUAAGAAAUCCAAAAUCGCACGUAAGAUGAUUGACAUUAAAGACAGUGAAGACUUCAAUAGAACUUACAAGACCCCGGACUCUUUCAAGGUUCAAUUGAGAGACAUGCUUUCAUCUCUCUAUAAAUCCUUGACUAACGGUGUCGAACUAGGUUCAUCCAAUUUCAAAAACAUCAGUCCCACAUAUAUCGCCAAAGUGAGAGAGUUGUGCAUUGACGCAGUAGCGUCUCCAGUUCUCCAACUUAUUAUUCAAGUUGAAGGGAUUUUCGAUAGGGACCGUUCCUUUUGGCACUUCAUUUUCUCAUCAGAGGAGGAGAAGAGCUCGAAAGAAGAAGCGUUUGUCGAGUAUCUUCUUUCGGAUCCCGUGGGAUCUCACUUUCUCGAAAAUGUCAUCUCUUUUACUCGCGUCAAAUAUACGGAGCGUCUUUACAAGAUGUACAUGAAGGACCGUAUUGCGAAGUUGAGUAGGAGGGAGUUGACUGGUGCAUUUGUUGUUCAGGCUUUAUUGAAACAUCUACGUUCUUCGGACGUGAAAUCAAUUUUAAACGACAUCGUACCAGACUUGAGUGUGAUUGUCAAUUCUAACCUGGAUCUUUGCAGUAGCGUGAUAGAUGCCAGUUCUCAACAAGACAACUACAUGAAAGAAACGAUUGUUUCACAGCUACUGAAAAAAUAUUAUCCUGAAGAGUCUGACGACAAGAAUAUUCUUGAAAGUUGUCUCCUAUUGAGCUCUUCAACACUGGGCAAUACUAGAGAUGAUUGGCCCACUGCAGAAGAAAGACGGAGAUCAUUAUUCCUUGAAAAAUUGAUAGAUUACGACGAUAAAUUCCUUGAGGCCACCAUUCAAAGUCUACUGGCGCUUCCCGAACAACGGCUACUCCAAAUGUGUUACCACGGUGUUUUUUCACAUGUUGUGGAGCAUGUACUUCAAGUUAAACGCGUCGAGAAGAUACAAAGAAAGCGUUUAUUAAAUGUUUUCUGCACUGACGUUGUCAACCUGUCCUGCAAUGCCUAUGGUUCUCAUCUCGUUGACAAGCUUUGGGAGUUUACUGCUGAGCUACCCAUGUAUAAGGAAAGAAUAGCGACAAGUCUCACUGGCGAAUCCGAAAAAGUAAAGAAUAGCGUUUAUGGAAGACAGGCGUGGAAAAAUUGGUCAUUAGACAAGUUCAUGAGAAAGAGAUUCGACUGGAAGCGUCUAGUCAAAGAUCAAUUAGAAGAACUAUUCCCCAAUUCACAGAACUCUCUCCCAACUCCAGGAAACGUCAAGCGCCAACCGGAAGGACGUUUCGAGCACCGCGACAAGAGAGUGAAGAGGUGA